AUGACAUCGGCAAGUCUAUCACAAAAUAUUGAAACAGAUGUUCAACCAACAAUAGAUGCUGCAGUGCAACUACUUAUUGAAAAAUCAGCGGAUUUAGUGUUGAAUUGUGAGGCUAUUUUGUUUACUAGUGGUGCUGGAAUGGGCGUCAGUAGUGGACUAGGCACAUUUAGAGGUGUUGCAGCUGGUGUUUGGCCACCUUUGUUGAAACAUCCAAAAUUAGACUUCACUGAUAUGAGUAAUCCACAAUGGUUUAGAAAGUCGCAAGGAAAUAGUGAUCAACACAAUACGGCUAACUUUGGUUAUGCUUUUUGGGCAUACAGAUACAAUGCUUAUACAUCAGCUGCUCCACAUUUAGGUUAUGAAAUUGCAAAAAAAUGGAGUGAAUUGAAUCAUGUAAAAUCUUCAUUCAGUUUUACUAGUAAUAUUGAUGGCCAUUGGAUAAAAUCAGGUUGGAAUGAAUCAGCAAUUAUGGAAUGCCAUGGUUCUGUUCAUUAUAUGCAAUGUAUUGAUUCGUGCCGUAACGCUAUAUGGGAUACUAAGAAUGAAUUGCAAUUGAAGGUGGAUCCAAAGACAGAUUGUGCUAUUGAUACUUUACCUACAUGUCCUUAUUGCAACGCAUUAGCACGACCAAAUGUACUGAUGUUUGGUGAUGGGGAAUUUUUAAGCGAAAGAUUAGAUAAACAAAUUUCUAAUUACCGACAAUUUACAUCCAACAUUGCUACGACAAAACCUACAUUAUUAAUCAUUGAAUUAGGAGCUGGUACCGCUGUUCCAACCGUGAGAAUACAAAGUGAAAUAACAUUCGCUGAUCCAAGAUGGACAGCUGAUUUUAUUCGGAUCAAUCCAUUUGAAGAACAUUCACGGAUUAGUUCCUAUUCUAAAAAGGGAAGUAAAAGGCAAGCAAUCGAAAUUCCUCUCGAUGCAUUAACAGCUCUGAUAUUAAUUGAUGAAGCAAUGAAGAAGAAAUUGAAGCAAUCAUAA